AGUGAGCUCAGUAAAUGGUACAGCCUGGCGAGUGAGCUCAGUAAAUGGUACAGCCUGAAGAUGUUAUGUGGCACUUCUUUUACGUUCUCCACGAAGCGGUAAACCCGUGCGUUUCAUUCAGCGCAAAGAGUGGCGGAGGCUUGACCCUGACUACGGUAGUCGAGAGAGAACCAAUCUACCUCUGUGAAAUGACAGGUAGUUAAGGAGCAACACUACAUGUCUGGUACAUCUCUAUAACACCUGUCGAGGCAACAGCAUCUGCGGCAGUUUCAAGAUCUUGUCUCCACGGAGCAGUAGCAAGAUCAAGAUCCCGUCUCAAAUGAGCAGCAGCAUCCAAUUCUCGUCUCCUAGGAGCAGCAGCAUCAAGAUCUCAUCCCGGCAGCAGCAUCCAGAUCUCGUCUCCAAUAAACAACAGCAUCCAGAUCUCGUCUCCAAUAAACAACAGCAUCCAGAUCUCGUCUCCAGUAAACAACAGCAUCCAGAUCUCGUCUCCAGUAAACAGUAGCAUCCAGAUCUCACCUUCAAUAAACAUCAGCAUCCAGAUCUCACCUUCAAUAAACAGCAGCAUCAAGAUCUCAUCUCCAAGGAACAGCAUCAUCAAAAAAAGAUGACUGGUUAUCUCUUCUCUUCCACCGUCAUCGUUCUCAUCACUGUAUCAUCACUGCAACCAACGGAAUCAAUGAUCUUCAUUCCAACUUUGCCAACUCCUGAAGGACAGGAGGUCCCUGCCACACCCCCCGGCCGCUUUGUCCUGAAUAUGCAGGGUGUGACCGAGGAGGACUCCCCUGGUGUGCUGACCAUAGGCACGGAGGUGCCCUGGAGACUGGCAGGACCUGCAGAAGGCAGUGGGUCGUCAGAGGCGCCCUAUGGCACCUGGAGAUCACCUGUGACCAGCAGCGUCGUCAUGACGCCCAGGGAUGUUGUCGUGGAGCCUCCGCAAGUUGAUCCUGUCACAGGCUACGUGUUGUGGUGUGCCGAGCUGAGUUUAGAAGGCAAGAAGAACGCAGUGUUCCACUUCAACCCAGAAACGCGAGAGACGGUACGCUGGACGAGCCAGGUUCACGACGUCAGAAAUACCGUGCACGAGCAAGGUGGAGGCGCAUUUACCAUCUAUAACGAUACGCUGUUCUUCUCUGAUGGCCACGACGGUGCGGUGUACCGUCAGGAGGGACCAGGAGGUGUACCUCGCCGUCUUACCACCAGUAGUAACAGAAAAUACGCUGACGGUGCAUAUUGUCCCCAGUUGAACGGUCUCUUCUAUGUUGUGGAGUACCUGAGCUCUUCAUCCAAGGACCCGGAGUAUGGCAUAGUGAUGGUGGAUGCUGACACAGGCGCUGAGGUCGUCUUUGUCUCCCACGCUAACUUCUUCGCCUCUCCCAGAAUCUCCCAGGAUGGUCAGCAUCUCGUCUGGCUCCAGUGGAACUAUCCAAGGAUGCCCUGGGACGACAACAAGAUGUUUGUUGGCGAAAUUAAAAAUAAGAAAGGAAAUAUUGCCAUUACCAAGUUCUUUCAACAUGGCAGUAUGAUGAUGCCAUCAUUCGACCAAAAUAACGAGCUCUUCUACGUGCACGACUCGACGGGUUGGUGGAACCUGUACCGGGUCACCCGCCGUGGCUUCGAGGUCAACUUGACACCUGAGUCCCAAGAGGUGGGCUGGCCCAUGUGGAAACUCGGACGAAAAGCGUACGCGGUAAACCCUCGUGUGGGAUCCAACGAAGCGGUCGUUAUCUGCGGCAACGAUCUGACUGUCGUGGACCUGCUAAAAGAGAAGCGGAGAAUCAUUAAGACUGGAUACACCAGUUACAGUCAGGGUGUGGCUUACUCCCUGGACGGUAGUAAGGUGUAUGUGGUGGCGGGUGACGGAGUUCGAUACCCGGGCCUGGUGGAAGUGGUUGUGGAAACCGGUGAGACAAGGGAGGUGAGUCCUGUGUCUCAGGUUCAGGUCGACGCUGGUUACCUCAGCACAGCCAGGCUCAUCCAGUUCCCCACCAGCCAGGGUGACUUUGCUUACGGUUACCUCUACAUGCCCAAGAACAGUGACUACCACGCCCCUGCUGGUAGCAAGCCUCCCCUGCUGGUGAAGGUUCACAAGGGUCCCACCAGAGCCGCCUCCAGCGUGCUCAAUAUGCAAUACCAGUUCUUCACCUCCAGAGGUUUCGCCGUCCUCGACGUUGACUACCGUGGCAGUACCGGCUAUGGCAAACUCUACAGGAAUAAACUGAACGAGAUGUGGGGCGUGUACGACGUUGCCGACGUACUGGCUGGUGCCAGACACCUGGUGGAGGAGGACCUGGUCGAUGCUGACAUGUUGUGUAUCGACGGCGUCUCCACUGCUGCCUACACUACACUCUCCGCUCUUACCAUCCCCGAGACUCUCUUCAAGGCUGGUGCUAGUUUCUACGGUGUGUCUGACCCUGAGAUGCUAGUGAAGAAUGCUAGCAAGGUUAAAAGGAACUACGUGGAGACUCUCCUAGGUAACCUGGACAAGCACAAGGAUCGCUAUGUCACCAGGUCUUCCUUAAGAAACCACGAGACGCUGGAGGUCCCGACCAUCUUCUUUCACGGCACUGAUGAUGAGGUGGUUCCUCCAAGCCAAGCCAGGGAAAUGUACGAGAUGGUGAGGAACAAGAGUAUACCCACCGCCUUCUCCUCUUCCAAGGUAAAUUACCCACAGUUUAUACCAGGUUCUUCGACGACAGCAGAACAAGAGCAAUACUCCAUCACUGUCUGUGGGGUGAGAUGAGGUCUCCUUCAAAAC